AUGCUCCCACACAGAAGACUAGACCCCUCGCUCAAGUCGAACUCGGUCUCGCGGGUCGGCUCGUCUACACGAUUGAACCACCUCGCGCAGGAUGCAGCAGUACUCGAAUCGUCGCCGUCUACACCGUCAGCCUACGUCACGUCGUCCUUGAACCCGUCCCGAAAUUUACCAGCAACAACAACAACAGCAACACAAGCAGGUAAGACAACCCGCAAUGUGGAUGGAGCAGCCGAUGCCUUCAGCCGACUACCAAUAGCCAAGAACCUUCAAGAAUUCCGAGUCUUGUUGGAUAAAUUGAGCGAUAACGUCAUGCAAUUCCGGGACGACCAGGUGUUUGCAACCGUGGAGGAGUUAGCGCAAGUGAACACGGCACUAGAGAACGACAUUGACGAGUUGUCUAAGCACAAACAGAGAAGGCGAACCAUUGACGAGCUCAAGCGUAGGAACGAAAGCUUGGAUGAGACUUUAAAGAGUAAUUUAAAGCAGUUGUUGAAGUAUCGCGGCGAGUUGAAGAAACUUCCGAAAAUUAAAAAUGAGGACCCAAUGGAGUUGCAUCGUGGUCCUGAUGUGUCCGUGGAGAACAUUUUAAACUAUUCCAUGAAGCUUGCCAAAUUUACAAAAGCGCCAGCGGCGAUGGGGAACAUGCCGUUGCAGAUACAUCCAAACAACUUUGUCUGGCCAGCUGAGGACUCGUUGAGGAGAGGCAUGUUGGCUCUAAGCUCGAUACAAGGCGAGGAGAUUAUUCGAAACAUUUUAGGUGUUGAAGAAACGGGCCCAGAAGAGAAUAUAGUGGAUACUCACGAGGGAGACUCGGAGAGUCUUCUGGAGGUUAAGAAUAAAUUAGGCGAGCCCGGUGCUGCAGAACGGAAAAAUUCACAUAGUUUCGGAGUAAGUGGCGAGGCAGACACGUCAACGGUUGAAAGAGAAGAGGAGAGCCAGCCUGGAGGCUUGGAUCUUGACUUGUUUGACCCCGAUGACGAAUUGUCGGACUGA